CCGCCCAAGCUUUCCGGUUCCACAGCCCCUACCAGCAAUCCGACCUCAGUAGUUCCGCUUCCGGCGGCACCAGAUAAGUCGCGAGAGGAGUGUUAAAACCUGCGGUUUGCAUUUAGGACCACUUCGCAGAAUCACACAGAUCUAUAAGGUCUUUGGAUGUGAUCUCUUACCAGAGCAGCUAUGUUCUGAAUUAAAGUUCUUCUGCAGAGGACUACAAGUCUCAAGGUAAACCUGAGUGAGCUUCAUCAAGACCGUCUCCAAAAAAGUAUUACAGAAGAAAUCUAGCAUUUCUUAUAUCACAUGAAGUGUAGGACUGUAAUGGCCCAGGGUUAUGGAGGAAGUGUCAAGGAGAGCUUCAACCCAGAUACCUCAGAUGAGGACAGCAGAAGUUGGCUCCCUCCCACCUCCCAACCUGGCGCCAUAAAGUCCGCUGCCCCACCAUCAACCCUAGUUCAAGAUGGUUCGUAGUGGGAAAAAUGGCGACCUUCAUCUUAAACAGAUUGCAUACUAUAAGCGAACAGGGGAAUACCAUCCAACUACACUGUCAAGUGAGAGAAGUGGCAUAAGACGAGCAGCAAAGAAAUUUGUCUUCAAAGAAAAAAAGCUGUUUUAUGUUGGAAAAGACAGAAAACAAAACCGUUUGGUAGUUGUUUCAGAAGAGGAAAAAAAGAAAGUCCUAAGAGAAUGCCAUGAAAAUGGCACUGGUGUUCAUCACGGAAUAUCCAGAACUCUCACUCUAGUAGAGUCUAGUUACUAUUGGACCUCUGUGACCAAUGAUGUCAAACAGUGGGUAUAUGCUUGUCAGCAUUGCCAAGUAGCAAAAAAUACAGUUAUCGUAGCACCUCAGCAGCACCUUCCCGUGGUGGGAAGCCCGUGGAGUGUAGUUACUGUUGAUCUGAUGGGACCUUUCCAUACAAGCAACAGAAGUCAUGUGUAUGCUAUAAUCAUGACAGAUUUGUUCACAAAAUGGGUUAUGAUUUUGCCUUUAUGUGAUGUUUCAGCAUCAGAAAUUUCUAAAGCUAUUAUCAAUAUAUUUUUCUUAUACGGACCUCCUCAGAAAAUAGUAAUGGACCAAAGAGAUGAGUUCAUUGAACAGAUCAAUGUAGAACUGUAUAGAUUAUUUGGUACAAAACAUAUUAUAAUUUCUCAUGCUUCUGGAAGUGUUAAUUCAUCUGAAAGUACACCUAGCACUAUCAAAACAUUUCUGUCCAAACACUGUGCUGACCACCCAAACACCUGGGAUGAGCAUCUGCCUGCUCUUUCCUUUGCCUUCAAUGUGACUCAUUCGGAGCCUAGUAAAAACACACCAUAUUUCCAAAUGUUCAAUCGGAAUCCUUGUGUAUUGGAGUGUCCUGAUGAAGUGGGUAGUGAAAAUACAAGUGUGUUUGCUAAAAUUGUAGCUGCAGUUAGAGAGGCUGAUGCAGUACUGGAGAGCAAGACAUCAGCGGACCAGAUGGAGAACAACAAUUUGGAUGAACUAAAUAAAACCAAAAUUGUUAAAAAGAAACCCAAGCAAUUAAAUCCAUUUCAUUUAAAAGUGGGUCAUGAAGUUUUAAGACAGAGGAAAAAUUGGUGGAAAGAUGGCCGUUUCCAGUCUGAAUGGGUCGGUCCUUGUGUCAUAGACUACAUUACAGAAAGUGGAUGUGCUGUCCUGAGAGACAAUACUGGGACCAGACUCAAAAGACCUAUCAAAAUGUCCCACCUCAGGCCUUAUGUGAGAGAGGCCAGCGAACAAGACAGUCUGUAUCUAUUGCAAGGUUCAAUAGUAGCAGAUCAUGACUACAUUGGGUUACCUGAUAUCCCAGUCGGGGUAUACCAGGCAAAUAUUCUGGUAGAAGAUGCAACUAUGGGUGUCGCUGAUAGUGAGUUACUGGCUUCAAGCAAGGACCAUGAACUCUUAGAAUAUAGAAAUUCCAAAAUCUCUGCACUGGUAGAAGAUCACAAUUCUCUUGAGAAACAGACUUUCAGUCUACUGGAUUCUUCAAAUCAAGUUCUUGAGUACUUAAGUUAGUAAAUACUAAAAUUAAUUUAAAUGUUUGCAUAGAAUGUAUAUAUUCCUAGGCUGUAAGUAUUUUAUCUAUUAAAUACGUUGUAUAGAAGAGCUAUCUUGGUACUAUGUUAAUAACUAAAUUCUUAAGGUUUAUUUUAAACCUGCCUAAGGUUGUGAUACUUUUGAAUACACAUAACUUUAUGUAACAGAAGUAUACAAUGCAUAAAAUUCAGGAAUUUCUCAGAGAAUAGACAAAAUACAUUUGCUUCUUAGGAAAUGAAUUCUACUAGAAGAGUUUUAAACUCUUUUCUAAUAUUAGUACUGCAUUUUCUGUUCUAAUAUGUUUCAGGAAUGUCUCCCCCUUUGAAAUAAAUUUAAACUAUUUAUAUUUUAGUUAAUAAAUACUGCAUGAACAAUAACAUGAAUGAAAUGAAAUAUUUUUCCUGACAUAUUGGAAAUUUUUAAAAUUUGUAUUUAUGUAUUUACUUGUGUGUUUGUGGUGUGUGGUGUGGCUUUGUGAAUGCCUAUAAAGGCUAGAUGAAGGUGUCAUAUAUUUUGAUACUGAAGUUACAGGUGGUUGAGACCCAACCAGUGUAAGCAGUGCUAGGAUCCAAACUUGGAUCUGCUUCAGCAGCAGGACAUAUUCUGGCUAAAAGACAAGUGACUGUCAGGAAAACAGUUCAGUCUCUGACCUUAUAUUACAGACCAACGAAAUUGUAAAUAGAAUUUUAGAAAGAAACUGUGAAAAGGAAUGGUUAUAGUGGCGUUAUCCUGCUCUCUGCAGCAGAGCAGAGCUCAUGAAGGGAGCCUACUACAGUACCUGGGUGGUAGAAAAGAUGAUCGUGUCCUUUCUCAGCUCAAUGAAAGACACUUUCUUCUAAGUUUCUUUUGGAGAUCAUCUGACUUGGAAUUGGCCUAUUUUACAUGUCUAUUUAAGGUGGCCAAUUAGCUUUCAGAUUCAUUGCUGAGUUGCAGAUUCCAAACAUCUAAAAAUAAAGUUUUUCUUUCCCAAGUAAUUUCUCAUCAGAUUUUUGUUAUGUGUGUAUGAGUCAUAUCAGGCUACAUUAUUCUUUUUGCAAAUUAUCCCCAAAGUUUAGUGACUUAAAACAAUAAAGCUUUAUUUCUUGGCCA